AUGAAUACGGCAGUGAGAAGAAAUGCUUCUGUUAUGACAAGAAACUUCUGCAUUUCGGCGCAAGGAGGGCCUGUUCUAGAUCAGGAGUCUUCAUGGAAUUUCAACCAAGUUACUAACCAAACAGAGGUGGGUGGAAUUGGACAAUUAAAUCCGAGGCAUUGUGAGAGAAACAACACUGGACAACGUAGAACUACUGUUAUACUGUUCCUUUAUACAAAAUAUGAAAAAAAACUACCUUACUUGAUGGGGCUUUCCUUAACUCUUAGCCAAGAUUUAGACGAUUUUCAGUUCAUUUUGAGCUACUCUCCCUGUUUAAAAGCCCCUGCUUGGGGGUCAAAUAGAUCCAAAUUAACAUAAAUCAGUUGACAGUAUACAUUCAGAACGGUAUGUAAUUCUUGUAGUUCUUUUGCUGUUCAGGAAUAGACCUUAUUUUGUCUGUUUUUCUUUCCCAUUUCAGACCACUUGCUGUAUCCCCAGAGAACUGUUUCUUUUAAUUAGUUAUAUCCACGCACGUAAGAGUUCAUAACUUUGAAAAGACAACUGUGACUCCUUUAAGAACAUCACAUGGUCUGAAUUGAAAAAAAAAAAAACACAGGCAACUAUUAAAUUUCUGAACGGCAGAAAAAUGUUCUCGAUCGUAAAUAUUCCAGACAAAUUAAUUUUGCUCAGAUUCAGUACAACAUAUUGGGAGCAAAUCUGUACGUAAGUAAACAUUUUUUUCUGUAUCCUCAGAAUAUAAAUAUGGAAACAGGCGUACAAGCAUGGGAACAACAAGCAAACCACUUCUCUUUGGAAUACCGUGCAAAUUCGACGUGAGUCAGUAGUGUACUUAAUCAUAAAUGUUCAAACAUUUUUCCUGACUUUUUUCCACGCUCGUUCAGUUGACAAUCCCCUGGACCCGGUCUUCUCGAUUCUGAAAUUCUUAUUCUAGGCCAGACAGGCGAUUAGUUUUUACUUUUAUCUACGAUUCUAUUGUCUUCAUCUUCCUGUAGAUACCGCUGUAGAUAGUCAAUAGGGUGUAAUAACUGAGUAUAGGAGUAAAAAGGCUCAAUAACAGAAAAUAAUUAAGCUCCAUAUAGAGGUCCUUAGAUCCCGAAGACAGGGUAACUUUCAAUGGCUGUUUGUCAGUCAAUUCCUUUGGAGCUAACGCAGUUCCACAUACCGAUUGGAGCCUCCCUUUAAACUUCUUCCGCCAACUAAUCUUUUCUAAAAAAGCAUAUUUUAUAAAGUUGUUUGUUUUGUACAUUUUUAAAAUUGCAUUUAGUUCUUUGUUACAUUUAGCUCGAGUGCAUAAACAGCAAUUUUAUAAUAAAGUAUUAUUAACUUAGGGUCUGAGACUAAAACACCUAUUUCCUCCAUUAAUGUACAGCGAAAGGAUAAUAGCACUUCAAUUAUGGAGCAAUUUAAUACUGAUUUUACUGUCACCUUGUCAAACUGACUACUCCUACUUUUUUACUUUUCAGAUCUACCUGUCCGUUUUGUGGCGGUCCCAUUGCUCGCCAAAUUCUUGGCCAAAUUGCAGACGAGAUUUUGAGCCAAAUUUUCAGGAAAAUUCCAAGUGAACUAUAA